ACGAUACGUUUUGCAUUUUUUGCAUAUAACACCCGCAGAAACAGACCAGCUGACGUUUGAUAUUUCUUAUCUAUCAAUAAUUAGCCAUACCUGCGCUGCUCAGUAUCUAAUGCGGGAUAUUCACUAACGGAGCUAAUUCUCCUGCAUUGUAUUGUGUGUUGUGUUUAGCAUUUUAACAGUGUUUUUUUUUAUUAUCUAAAUCACUCACUAAUUGAAAUCUAGUUCUAGUCAUGUCCAGUGAAAAAUUUGAUCUACAAAAAGUGCAUCACUGCUUCCAGCAGUGUUUGAUAGGCGAAAGCGACGUGUCCAUCGAUGCUUAUCUCGAUGCCUUCAGAGAACUGUACAAGUUCUUCUCGCUGAUGGGAACCGUUUUCGGUUUUGUCAGUAGCGAUGUAAAGGAGAAGGUGGAAAUUUUGCAGAAAUUGCGAAGUCAAAAGGAAAAUUCGGAAAAAUUUGAAACUGUUCAGAUAAUGAUGGAGUACGAACAGGAUGCAAACCUGCUGGACAAAAAGGACUACGUAUCAGGCAGUCGCACACUGCUGCGAUUGCAUCGAGGAUUAGACUUCAUUUACGUCUUCCUAAAACGCUUGGGCGAGUUAACCGAAGGAGAUGCUAAAACAAACACUAUCUGCCAGACGUCGUAUAAUGAAACGCUGGCACAAUUUCAUCCGUGGCUCAUCCGGAAAGGUGCCGUCGUAGCCAUGUACGCACUGCCUACGCGGGAUCAUCUGCUGGAGAAAGUAUGCGUAGAUGCCAAUGAAGCGAUUGUUUUGCUACCGGAGAUGCUAGCCGUUGGCCGGCAGGUAUACGAUCGAACCCAGGCUCUGUACACCAAGUUCGAUCUGCACGGUUUACCGUAAUGGGCGAAUCAGUGUCGCUACUGGUUGAUACUCUACUGCAUUAUAUCACACACUGGAUUGGACUAUUGGAUUUUAGUAACUUAGGUUUCAGUUUUAGAAGCAAAUGUGAUAGUUAUAGUAUUUUUUAUUUGUUUGAAUUCGACUUUUGUACAGUUUUACCAUAGUUUUGGUAGAUACGUAAACGUUUGUUUUGAAUUUUCGUUCUUUGUUCUUAGGAAUUUUUAUUGAACACUGCUCAAUCUAAAAUCAUGUCGCUCAGAAAUGUCUUUGCUACAAUCUAGAAUUUUAUAAUUCAUAAAUCAUUCUACUGAGAAACUCGGCAAUCACUUUGCAUAACCAUCUUGAAAUUGUAAUCUUCUGGUCCUUAAUGAUAGACAUAGCGAAAAUCAAAGUUGCUCGCUCUUUACUAUAGUUAAUCUAACAAAAAGAGCAAAGGCGCUUCAAGAUAAAAAAAAAUUCUAUAACUCUAGGUUUUCCUUUGCCGAACUUAUGUUUGUGAUAAAAGUUUUAUUCGCAGUUUCUGCAUGCUUAGUUCAUGCGAAUCACUGUAAAUUUUAAUAUAUUUUUCAGAGCAGGCUCAAUGUGUUGUUAGUAAAAUUUACCAAAACCUUUUAAAGACAUCUAGGUUAGUUACUGUUAUUAUGUCACGAAAGUAUUUUUACUAUAACACGUAUCGCAAAUGCAAAUGUUUUUAAGUAACAAAAUAAAACACAAUCACCACAGGAUUGGUGAGUACAUACUAUCGGACAGCAUAUUCCAAAUAAUAAAAAAAAUCGGCUUAUAUCGUGUAGAAAAUCCCUACAUUAUUUAAAUGUACAAACAGCUUACGCUUGGAGUGAAUAAAAUCAAUGGCAUU